AUGCAACAGGAAGGCUUCAUUGUUGACAUCGAUGCGAUUCAAGCGCACGGUAUUGGCGCAGUGGAUAUCGCGAAGUUGAAGGCCAACGGUUACUACACCAUCACGAGCGUGCAUGCAGCUACGAGGCGGAGUCUUGCAAAGAUCAAAGGGUUCAGUGAGAUCAAGGUCGACAAGGUCAAGGAUGCUCUCGCAAAGUGUCAGCCAUCCGGCGGCGGCUUCCAGACUGCACACGACCUUGGUCAACAACGUAAGAGGGUUCUCAAGAUCUCGACCGGGAGUAAGCAGUUCGAUGCUAUUCUCGGAGGUGGCUUCGCAACGAUGAGCAUCAGUGAGGUGUUCGGCGAGUUUCGUUGCGGGAAGACCCAGCUAUCUCAUACCAUGUCCGUGAUUUCCCAGCUUCCGAAAGACCUUGGAGGUGCCGAGGGCAAGGUUGCUUUCAUUGGUGAGAGUGCGAGUCUCAAUACGGAAGGCACCUUCAGACCUGAGAGGAUUACACAGAUUGCCGAACGUUUCGGGUUGGAUCCCGAACAGACCCUCGAGAACAUCACCUAUGCCCGCGCUGUCAACUCUGAACAUCAGAUGGAGCUUCUCAACAAGGUCGCCGAGUAUUUUGUGAACAACGAGUACCGCCUCCUCAUCAUCGACAGCAUCAUGGCCUUGUUUCGCGUUGAUUAUGUGGGUCGCGGCGAACUCAAUGAGCGCCAGCAGAAGCUCAACCAGUUCCUCUCCAAGCUGACACAUGUUGCCGAAGAAUUCAACGUCGCUGUGUUCAUGACAAACCAAGUGCAGAGUGAUCCCGGAGCCAGCGCGCUCUUCGCCGGCGCAGAUGGUCGCAAACCUGUCGGGGGCCAUAUUCUCGCCCACGCUUCUGCCACUCGCAUCUUGCUUCGCAAGGGUCGUGGAGAAGAACGAGUCGCGAAGAUCCAAGACUCCCCCGACAUGCCUGAGAAAGAAGCGACCUACAUCAUCACCAGUGGUGGCAUAAACGACGCUGAGAAGGCGUGA